AUAAACUGCUUGUUGUAAUGGAGUUUGCAAGUGGUGGGAGUCUUUACAACAUGCUGCACAAGUUCACAAAGUUUAAGGUCGAUCAGGCAAAACGGUACCUGCGGGAUGUCUUGAAGGGACUUGUGUAUUUGCAUCGGGAAGACAUUGUUCACCGAGACAUUAAACCACAAAAUGUUCUUUUGCUGGAAACAGGUCUGUGUAAGUUGAGUGACUUUGGGACGUCAAAAUGUCUAUUGAAAGCUUGUAACAGCGGCCAGCCGGAGGGAACUCCACCGUACAUCGCCCCUGAAGCUGCACGAGGCAGGGCGGAGAAGGCAUCCGAUAUAUGGAGCUUUGGCAUUAUGAUGGCGCAGAUGUUAAGUGGCAGGCUUCCCUGGCCAAACAUGGAGGAAAUGACACCUCAGACCUUCUGCUACAACGUGGGGCAUAAUGAAAAUUUUGUACCUCAACUAGACGAGCAAAUUUCAGCGCAAGAGAAGGAAAUAAUUAUGCGGUGUUGCAAUCGUGUUCCGACUAAAAGACCGACCGCAGAGGAGCUAUUGCAAGACCCCUACUUUAGUCAAACGAAGACGUUUACGAAUGCACACGCACUUGGCUCACUUACAAGCCGUGUUGAUGAGUGCUUUCAACUCUCUUCUUUGAAUGCAUCUCAAUUGAGGCCAAGCAGCGAGCGUCCCUCCACCCCCUCGUCUUCGUGA